CACUGAAUCCAGCCCAUGAACACCUGAGGCAAACACAACAAAGACACCAACAGGCAGCAAGGCUACCAUUUCUCGGUGUGAGACACAUAUGUCAGCUUACAUUAAGAAUAAAUACAUUCCAAGAUGUCUGCUCCUGGUGUAUGUCUGAAUAUCAUAAAGGAGCGUCAGGAAAGCGAUGGCAUUGGCACGCUUAGUAACCCGAAGAAGUUCCUGGACCAGGACUAUGAGCUGCUGCACCAGUAUUAUCUCAUCAGAAACAGGAGAUAUAUUGAUGACAUGUUCCCCCCUGACAACAGUUCCAUUGGAGGAGACUUGCUAAAUCCUCAGCAGCUGGCUAAAGUGAAAUGGAUAAGACCAACGAAAAUGGUGCCAAAUCCAUAUCUUAUUAUUGAUGGUGUUUCCAGGUUUGACUUUGCCCAGGGAGAAGUGGGAAACUGCUGGUUUCUAGCUGCAGUUGGUGCCCUGACCUUUCAGAGGCACGUCAUAGAGAACAUCAUUCCUCCUGGACAGUCAUUUCAGAAGGAUUAUAUAGGAAUAUUUCACUUUAGGUUCUGGAGGUUUGGGAAAUGGGUUGAUGUUGUCAUCGAUGACAAACUGCCAACCAUUGAUGGACAACUCAUUUUUGUACGUCCCCAUAGUCCUCAAACUCCCCAAAGUCCAAGACCUCCUGAGUUUUGGUCUGCUCUAUUAGAAAAAGCAUUUGCCAAAGUGUGUGGUUCUUAUGAUGACAUGAAAUUGGGCUGGGUAUCUGAAGCCCUGAAAGAUUUUACUGGUGGUGUGCACAUGACCUUAAGCCCCCAAAAUGAGAACCCUCAAAAUUUGCAUGACCUGAUUCAUCGAGCAGCCAGAGCCAACUCUCUGAUGGGGUGUGGUACACCUGGACAUGCGGAGUUGAAUGCAGAGCAGAGCAAUGGUCUAAUUGAAGGUCAUGCCUAUACUGUGACAGGGGUCACCUCGGUGACAAGUAAAGGCAAGCAGGUUUUGCUUGUAAGGCUCUUAAACCCCUGGGGACACACAGAAUGGAAGGGAAACUGGAGUGAUGGAUCACCAAUGUGGAUGACAAUCAGUGAGGAAGAGCACAGAAAGUACACAAAUUUUGUGAAUGAUGGAGAGUUCUGGAUGUGUAUGGAGGAUUUCUGCAAAUACUUCAGUCAGCUGAAUAUCUGCAAUUACUCUCCUGCUUUUCUGGACGGCUCUUCUGAAAGCCACUGGAUCUCAUCAUUGCACAAUGGCCGCUGGCUUGCAGGCAGCACAGCUGGUGGCCGCAUGGAGUGUAAAGACACUUUCUGGUCCAACCCUCAGUUUCCGAUAAGGAUCACGAAGAUAAAUAAGGCCUGUGAACCAGUACCAAGCAAAGGACCAAAUAUACUUGUGUCUCUCAUGCAAAAACCUGACAAGAGAAACAGACGUCUCACCAGAAACCUUCACCUUGGUUUCAGCAUUUUCAAGAAGAAUGAUUCUAGUGGAGAAUCCACAGCUUCCUUCAAUAGCAUCAGUAAUCUGGUGUAUUGCACCAGAGUGAUGCAGGAUUCACGUGAAAUAACCGAGUUUUUGAAGCUGGAACCAGGAGAAUACGACAUUGUGCCAUAUACUUAUGAGCCCAAUCAAACAGCCUCCUUCAUCCUGAGCCUGUGUUCUAAGACAGAAACCCACACAGGAGAGCACGUUAUGGUAUUCAGUUCUGGCAAGAAAAUUCCACGUCAACUGUCUGAUCAUUAUCAGGAACUCAACGCAGAGCAGCUUCAGAAAUUUCUAAAUGAGAACUAUAUUGGAGGUGAUGGGCAAAGCACAGGAGGCUUCAGCUUGGAUGCUUGCCAGAGUAUCGUUGCUAUGAUGGAUCUCUCAGUUACUGGAACACUCAGUGCAUUCGAAUUCCACGAGCUGUUGCAAAAAAUUGAUUUAUACAAGGAUAUCUUCUUCCGCGUGGACAACAACAGAGAUGGUAUUCUGUCCCUGUCGGAGCUUCGCCAUGCAGUGGAAGCCACAGGCUUUCGUGUUAGUGAUAAGUUGCUAAAACUUACAACUCUACGCUUCGCUGAUUCCACUGGGCGAAUCACUCUGGAGAGAUUCAUCUGUCUGUCUCUACGUCUAACUUGCAUGUCUGACAUAUUCAGAAAACUUGCUGACAGACAUUAUAUGCACCUCAAGGAGCAUGAGUGGCUACACCUUACUAUGUACUCCUGAAGAAGUGAUGGGAGCCAUAUAAAGGGAGCAUUAUUAUACUUCAAAUUAUUAUAGCACUUACUUGGGUUGGUUUGGAAUAAUGUUUUUCAUGGGUUUUUUUUUAUUUUAUUUUAGUUGCAUAAGGAGAAACAAAAUGUGUCUUGGCACAUCAUUAUGUCUAGAAGCUGAUGGAGUGUAAUUUGCAUUCCUCUCUUUUGUGUGCAUUAUGCAAAAAAUUACAUCUGUGAACUUUAGCUAGUCAAAGGUUUACCCACCCCCUACUUAUCUGCGAAAAGCAAAUAUCAAAAGGCAUGUCACUGCCUAUAAAAGUUUAUGCAAUGUUGACAUUAGGUUUUAAGGUCAGACCACACCUAUUACACAGUGUGCCAAUUUCUCCCCACACUCCCCAUCACAGCAUGAGCCUGCCAUCUAGUGGAACUGAACACAACAGCCUUCAACAACCUCCUCUAUCCUUUUCCUUAAAGGGAUAGUUCGGGAUUUUUGACAUGAAUCUAUAUGGUAUCCCCGUCAGCAGUGUCGUG